AUGCGAAUGGAUACACUCGAAUCUCGAUGGCACCAUCCUAGAGGGUUCUUGUAUCAUCAGCCCUACCUACGCGGUCUUGCUCACCAGACGGGUACCCAAGGCAAUGCAGCACUCACCGCCUUUUUCGCUACAACUUACGAUUCACACAUGACAAUUGGCCACAGCUGA